UGUCAACACAUAACUCCCUCCCCAACGCAUCACCAACCCGUUCAUCAACCAUGAGCAAUUCAGCCCCACCGCGACAACCUCCAAAGCAGAAACUUGUCUCACUCUCGCGCGAAGUGGUCGAGGCUUUCAGACCAGCACGCGUGUUCAAAAACACGUCACAAACGCCAGAGGAGGGUGCCGAACCCUCUUCCUUGCAGAUCAGCAGUAUCGCUUUCGAUGACUCCGGAGAGCGCGCCGUGACCGCUGGCGAUGAUGAUGUCUUCAUCCUAUUUGACGCACGCAAGGGCAAGAAACUGAAAACACUAUAUUCAAAGAAGUAUGGCAUCAGCCAUGCGCGUUUUACGCACAAGAGCACCAACAUUAUCCACGCGAGUACGAAGAAUGAUCAUGCGCUGCGCUAUCACUCCAUGCAUGACAACAAGUACCUCGCGUACUUUCAGGGACACACCGCAACCGUACGCUCAUUGCACAUGAAUCCUGUGGACGACACAUUCGUCUCUGCCGGAGACGAUGGCACUGUGCGGCUGUGGGACUUGCGAAUGCAGGCGUGUAAGGGGCUUGUCAACGACAUUGGCGGAUCGACGAUCGCUGCCUUCGAUUCCAGUGGUUGUGUCUUUGCAGUCGCGUGUACCCAAAACCAGACCGUGUUUCUCUUUGAUGCGUCGACGUCGGACGACGCGCCGUUCGCGCAUCAGCCGCUGAUUGACCAUGAGCUUGCCAAAAUCUCUGCUCCACCUCCAAGACCGCACUUCACCUCAAUCGCCUUCAGCAACAACGGACACUACUUGCUGGUUGGGACGGAUCGCGGCACACACUACAUUCUCGAUGCGUUUGAGCUUAACAUUGUGCGGCGGCUGGAGGGGCACGUUGGUCUUGGCCGUAUGAGUGGCGAGGAGGUUAGCUGGAGCGCCGAUUCGAACUACGUUUUCAGCGGGUCUGGAGACGGGAGCGUCCUCGUGUGGGACAUGACGCCGCCAAAGGGUGAAACCAAGCUCGAGGCUCCGCGUGGUAGCCCGCCGCCCACAUUGACCCCCUCCAUUACUCUCCGACCUCCUGGUGAAGGCGACAUCUCCCCGGCGCGUGCUGUCGCAUUCAAUCCUCGCUACAGUCUUCUUGGUGUGGGUGGACAGGAGUUCUCGCUGUGGCUCUCGCAGAGCGCGACACAGGUUGAGGAGGGCUGGUGAUACUGUAUUCCAUGCAUAGUGUACAUGUACA